UAUCUCGUUUGACAGUGACGGGCUUUGCUAAUGACUAUACUGAGUACUGACUCGAGUCUCGAGUGCCCGUCGCCGACGACGAUAAAAAAAUUUAAAAAAUAAACUUUAGCCGAGGACGAGGUCUCAGCCGUUCGCCGCCCACCGACUUGUCGCGUAUUGUAACCGUUUAUAAAACAUUCGUUGGAAACCAUCACAAUAACACCUUCACAUACCUACGAAUUUAUACUAAUGAUAAUGUGUAAAUGUCAUAAUAUGUGUGUAAUAUAAUAUUACAGUAAUAUGUAAUGUUGUACAUAAUAACAAAACCAAUAAUAAUAAUAAUACCAACGAGUGCGACGGCUGACGAGUGUUUUUGUUUUUAUUCGUCGUUGGCUCGGGGAAUCUGUCGCUCACGCCGUCUGAAUAAUAUUGCGUGUUGAAAAACGUAACGUUACCAAAAAAUUCGCAACCGCAACAGUAAUCGCGUAUCGUCGUUGUUAAAUUAUUAUUAUUACUAACGGCGACAAAAUAGUUAAAACAGGUAUUGUUGUGUAAUUCGUCGCCGCCGUAAUAAUUUUCGUUAGCGAUAUUAUUACUAUUAUUAUUAUUAUUAUUAUUAUUAUUAUUAUUACUGUUAUUAUGUAAGCCCUCGGCGGGCCCGCGUAAAACCAAAGUCUGACGAGCGCCCUCGUCGUCCCCUCCCGCCGACCGCCCAACCGCCCACCCGUCGUUCCGAAAGCCCGACAACUUGUCGUCCACACGGUGUCGCGCGCGCCGCUGUCAGUUACUCAGUUGCCCUAAAGGUCGAGUCCGGUAUGGUGACGGUUGCUGCCAGUACAGACUACAGUAAGUGGUCGUUACCAUCGACGUCUUUUCCGUGUCACUGUCGCUAUAGUACAAUCGUUUCUAUUGUUGCUACUGCUGCUACUCGUUACACGGCCAUGUAGUAGUGAAUAAUCGGUUGACUGAGACACCGUCUGGACGUUAGUAAUAAUAUAUCCGUCGACAAUAGUCAACAAAUCGAAAAUAAAUUUAUCGUUAGUUAAGCUAUGCAAACACCAUGGCUCGUGUGCCAUCACAUCCCUCAGCCGGACACAACAAUCCAUUGGUCAACCGUCUGGUGCGUGUUGGAUACUAUGAACUGGAAAAGACAAUUGGCAAAGGCAACUUUGCUGUUGUCAAGCUGGCCAAACAUGUUGUCACAAACUCCAAGGUUGCCAUUAAAAUAAUUGAUAAGACACAACUAAAUGAGGAUAAUUUGAAAAAAAUAUUUCGGGAAAUUCAAAUUAUGUCAAAACUUAAUCAUCCACAUAUAGUGAGAUUAUUUCAGGUAAUGGAAACUGAAAAAAUGAUUUAUCUGGUAACUGAAUAUGCUGCUGGAGGAGAAAUUUUUGAUUUCCUGGUAAAAAAAGGAAGAAUGGAUGAACCUGCUGCUUGUCAUAUUUUUAAACAAAUUGUUGAAGCUGUUAGCUAUUGUCAUAAUAAAAACAUAGUUCAUAGAGAUUUGAAAGCAGAAAAUUUGCUUUUAGACGCUGAUAACAACAUUAAACUUGCAGAUUUUGGAUUUAGCAAUCAUUUUUACGAAGGAAAAUUACUUUCUACUUGGUGUGGUUCUCCUCCUUAUGCAGCACCAGAAUUAUUUCAAGGACAAGAAUAUGAUGGACCAAAAGCUGAUAUUUGGAGUUUAGGUGUAGUAUUGUAUGUUCUGGUUUGUGGUUCUCUUCCAUUUGAUGGAAAUACUUUAAAAGUACUUCGUGCUAAUGUUCUUUCUGGAAUGUUUCGUGUGCCAUACUUCAUGUCAGCUGCAUGUGAACAUUUAAUACGACAUAUGUUAGUCAUUGAGCCUGAAAAGAGACUAAGUCUGAAUCAAAUAGAGUCUCAUAAAUGGAUUAAACAGUUGUCUGAACCAAUUACUAAAAGAUUAACUGUGGAUGUUAAUCCAAUGAUGAAUACAGCAGUAAUAGAACUUAUGUUACAGUUACCGGGUUUAGAUAAAGAUAUGAUUGUUAAUUCUGUUCAACAAAAAAAAUUUGAUCAUGUCAGUGCAAUUUACCAUUUAUUGGUUGAUAAAUUAGAUACAACUGUUAAUCAAAGCAACACUACUAAUCAAUCAUUAGUUAAUGAGACUAAUAUAAAUGGAUCUGUUAAUAUCAAUUCAAAUCUAAUUGAAAAUUUGCCGCUAUACUCUAUGUCAUUUUAUGGCCAAGAUGGUUCAAUUUAUGAUAGCCAGCAAUUAGAAAAGUAUGGUGAUGUUGAUAUUGGAGAAUCUGCUAGUUCAAAUAAGGCUCAAGAUAAUCAUCCAGUGACUACUCGUCGCCAUACCGUUGGUCCAGGAAAUGGUUUGAUGACUCAAGUAAUGGAAUCACAUUACAUAACACAUCUUCAAACAGGACGUAAUGUAAAUGUUUUGCCUAAUACAAAUUUACCUUUGAAUAUUCCACUAGUUGAAUUUCAGUCUCCUAAAAAUUUUACAAUUAAAGAUCAACAUUUAUUAAAACCACCUCAAGUUAUGGGAGCAAAUAACAACUUUGGUAGACGUGCAUCAGAUGGUGGGGCAAAUUUACAAAUGUCACAAAAAAUGAAUUGUACAUUCAGUGAACCAAGUAGCAAGGAAGAUUUAAAAAAAAUGAAAAUUGAUCCAAAUGAUUUAAGAAACGCAAUAAUUGAUCAAUCGAGUAAAGGAAACUUAUUAUCUGAAGAAAAUGCUGUAUCAACUAGUUCUAGUCGUUAUACAAAAGUAAUGUGUAAUACCUCUAGACAUGGAAUGGGAAAUAAAGAAGAAGCUCAGGCCCAGCAAACAAAUUUACAAAAUACAAGAACUAGACGUAGUGGAGUAUCAACUGUAAUGGAUAGACCCCCAGUCAUUAGUCCUGAAGUGGUACGUGAAGUAGAAGCACGUAUGAAUCGAGAGUAUAUACCACCACCAUUACCAAUGGUCAGCACUUCUAGACAUAGUCAUCGUAUAUCUCAGGUUUCAGUUUUACCAACAGUUCAAGAACUACAUAGACAUUCAGGUCGAGAAAGUUUAAAAGAUGUAAGUGGUUAUUUGCCAUCUGAACGAUAUAGUCCUGUGCGUAGAACAAGUGAACCAGUUGUUACAUCUAGUGAACAUCUAGAGCAACCUAAUAUACGUAAUAUUCAACAGGAACAUAUUCAACUUCAACAAAAAUUGAGUGAAAACACAUUAGAUACUUGGGAUCAUGCUGAAUUACAAAUGCUUCAUACAUAUCAUUUACAAAGUCUACAGACAUUAGUAGAUCAAACUCCAUUCAUAAAUGCAACUGCUAAUCAUCAGGGUAAUUCAAAUAUUCUUAGCCAACAUUUGCAAAAUUUAAAUUUACAUCAAGCGCCUUUAGUUAAUGUUCCACAAACCCAAGGUUCAAUUACUCAAGGUACUCCAAAUAUAAUGUCUAAUCAAAUUCCAGUUCCAUUGGACUUACGAACAAAUAAUAAAAUAAAUCCUCAACCAACUAUUGUAGUAGAAGAUAAAACACUAGAAAUUUGUGAAAAAAAACUUCCAAAUCCAGAAAUAUCACUUAUGAUAACUAAUGAAGAAGGUGGUAUGAUGGAAGUUGACACAUUGCUGACAAAUUCGGUGAAUUCCGUGAAUACAGGUAAUACUUUACUAAGAAAGUCAAGUACUGAUCAACCACUUUCAGCUAUACAUGACGAUUAUGAAGAAAUCAAUCAUAUAACUGCUGAUAGAAAUAAUAUUAUAACUGAUAUGGACUCAUCAACUUGUUUGAAAACUGCUCCACUUUUUUCUGACUAUAUUCUUAAAAGAACAGCUAGCGAUGCAUUUGUUGUGGACUUGUCUGAUUUCUAUUCCAAUUUCACCUCUGGUAAUAUACUCAACAUUGUCAAAUAUUUGAUAUCGUCCAACAUUCGGGUAUGGCCUGUGCUAGAUAGACAAAAUGUGUUACAAUUUCCAACAGGCUUGCAAAUUGAACUGGAAGUAUGUUCAAACGAUAUGGGUGCCAAUUCAUAUUUAAAAAUUCAACGACUCUCUGGAGAUUCAACAGAGUACAAUAAUAUUUGUCAUAGGCUGGUCGAAGACUAUUUACCUUGUAAUAAAUAAUAUUGUUAAUCAUUAUAUUAUUUUUAAUCUUUUCAUGGCUGUGCUACUUUUGUGAAUGCAAUUAAUUAAUAUUAGUCAUUAGUUUUAAUAAGCAUCUUUCGUUAUUAGAAUUUAUUAACAAAGACCUUAAUCAUGCAGUUGUGAAUUAUAACUAAUCAUCUUUAUCUUAUACGGACUGAUUUCAAUAUAAAUUAUAUAUUU